AUGUAUAUUUCUGGUUUUCUUUGGGGAAAUUUUAUACAAAAACCAAAGCCAUGCCAUGCGUAUUGUUGUCUGAAUACAUCGAAAAUUCUUUCGGCUUUAGAUCCAGCUAUACAUACUGGUAUUCCUAUUAUUGGUUGUAUGGCACAGAUUACAAACAUUUCGAGUUCAGCUGAUUCAUCAUCGAUGGUUCGAUCAAUGACGUCAUCCGAAGAUGAAGACGAUAUUAAUAAUCAACAUAAUUUCCUAACACCAUCUUUGGAUAUUAAUUUUUCAACAAAAAAUGACGUCGUUAAUCAAUGCACAACCAUUGAAAUUCAUCAAAAUGAUAGUGAUUCAAUAAAUACUGACUUAUCUCAAAUGUCCACAAUCAAUACACCUCAAUAUGAUGCGUAUAUAAACCUAAGCACAUCCAGCAGUGAAGCAAGCCUUGCCCGUCCGCUCCUCAGUGACAAACAUCAAAAUACAAAAGAUACAAAAAUAAACUCUCCUUUAAAUCCCAAUGACUCUUUAACAUCAAAUUAUUGCUCGUUUAUUAAAUUUUAUUUUACUGAUAUGAUUGUAUCAGCAUUUAUAAUAACACCACUAGUUAACAUACAUUGGCGUGGUGCAUGGGAUUUACUCGAUAUAAAUUUACUACCUAGCAAUGAACGUACGAGUGCACUUAUAUCAUUAGGCAUUGGUCUUAUGAUUCUUUAUUUUAUGUAUUUGAUACAAAAUUAUCUUCAAACAUUCUAUGAAAAACAUCGAAAAAAUAUUUUCGGACAAAUUAUGACAAGAUUUUAUACAUUAAUAAUUGCAUUAGCCUAUAUAAAUCAAUGGCGAGGUUUAUGGAAUUUAUUAGAUUUAACAAGCAAUAUUUGGUAUCAUCUAUUAAUUGAAACAUUAAUCAGCGUUACCUGUCUCUUAAUAAUGAAAUCAAUUUACAGUCUUAACUCAGCACCGUUUUUAAUUGGUGUUGAUACUGAAAGUUAUUUUAUACUCGGCUCAAAAUAUAAUUUUUCAACAAAUCGCUUUUGGCAGUAUACGUUUGAUUUUGUAUUUUAUGAGAUUGUUGAAGCACCGUUUGUCGUUAUUGCUUGGCGUGGUUUAUAUAAUCUUUCUGAUUUAUACAUAUGUCCAGAUAAUAAAUCUAUAUCAAUGUUAAUCUCAUUUACAAUUGGGUAUUCAUUCUUUUUUCUUCUUGCUUUAUUACAAAUUCCAAUAAUACAAUGUUUAAUUAAACAUCAUCAAAAAUUAAUCUACUCAAUUAUUUCUAAUAUAUUUCAUUUAAUUGCAUUCAUCAGUGUUGUUCAAAUUUGGCGCAGUCUAUGGAUGAUGUGUGAACAAUAUCUGAAUAUUCCAGGUUAUUCUCAUCUAACACUUUGGAUUUGUUACGUCGGAGCUUAUGCUUUGCUAACAUGUGGAUUAACAUCAUGUUCGUUGAAUGGGCCAGGCGGAGGAAAAGAUAAUUAUCUUGAUGGUCAACCUAUACUUUUAUAUAAAUUUGAUUAUUUCUCAACUUUACUUAAAAGUCAAUCAAGUAAUUUAAAAAUUAGUAAAGAUGUUCAUCUUGGACCAGAUUCAUCAUCAAUUGAGACAAUAAUGCCUAUCGAAAAUCCGUAUCGAUUUGAGCCUCCCUAA